AUGAAUUACAUUAUCGUCUUGCCAUCGGGGUCACUCUGGCUUGGUUUUCAGCUGGACCCGGGACUCCUGUUACGUCUUAUAUGCGGGGCCGGCUCCGUGCCGCAGUGCCGAGGGGCGGGGAGGACAGAAGGGCUUUUGUUCGGUGGCUCGGCGCCCCGGGCUGAGCUUGGGCUGCUCCUUCCCCGCCCGCAGCGCACGGUGCAGAAGAACGCCAAGUACAUCUGCCUGGCCAACAAGGACUGCCCCGUGGACAAGCGGCGGAGGAACUGCUGCCAGUUCUGCCGCUUCCAGAAGUGCCUGGCUGUCGGCAUGGUCAAAGAAGUGGUCCGGACUGACAGCCUGAAGGGGCGGCGGGGCCGGCUGCCCUCCAAGCCCAAGCAGCCGCCAGACACGUCCCCCGUCAGCCUCAUCACCUCCCUGGUGCGGGCGCACAUCGACUCCGUCCCCAGUGCCACCAAGCUUGACUACUCCAAGUUCCAGGAGUCAGCGCCGUGCCAGUUCGAGAAGGAGGAUUCGGUGGACGUACAGCAGUUCUAUGACCUGCUCACCGGCUCCAUGGACGUCAUCCGCAAGUGGGCUGAGAAGAUCCAGGGCUUCGCCGAGCUGCCCAAGGAGGACCAGGACCUGCUGCUGGAGUCAGCCUUCCUCGAGCUCUUCAUCCUGCGCCUGGCAUACCGGUCCAAGCCAGAGGAAGGAAAACUCAUCUUCUGCAACGGGGUGGUGCUGCACCGCCUGCAGUGCGUGCGGGGCUUCGGCGAGUGGAUCGACGCCAUCCUCGAGUUCUCCCAGAGCCUGCACCGCAUGAGCGUCGACAUCCCCUCCUUCUCCUGCCUCGCCGCCCUCGUCAUCAUCACAGGUCCCCCCCGUUCUCUCCUCGUCCCCUGUUCCCGUCUCCGUCCGUCCCCGCCCCGGGCCAUGGCUCUGCAGUACCGCCGUGGAGCCUCCCUCCCCCAGGGGGCGCUGUGCGUUCGGAAGCGCCCCAAGGAAGUGAGCCGCUCUGCGCCGCGGUAG